AUGGCAUCCACUGCUGAUCUGCGUAGCGUGUGCAGCUCCUGCUCUGUCUUCCACUCUUCCGUUCAUCGUCUAGGCACUGUCCAGCCUGAGAAGAUGGAGUCCUACGCCAACGGGGCCAAAUUUGAUUGCCUGCUGUUUGACAUGGAUGACACCCUCUACCCACUGAGCUUAGGAAUCAACUUAGCCUGCCGCAAGAACAUCCAAGACUACAUGCUGAACAAGCUUCAGAUCGAGGAGAGCCAGGUCCCCAAGAUGUGCCUGGAUCUGUACAGAGAAUACGGAACCACAAUGGCCGGUCUGAAACUUAUAGGCUACGAUUUCGACUAUGAUGAGUUCCACGCCAGCGUGCACGGUAAGUUGCCAUACGAGAAGCUGAAGCCGGACCCUGUCCUGAGGAGCCUGCUGCUUUCGAUGCCACAGAGGAAAAUCAUAUUCACCAACUCUGACGAGGCUCACGCGGCGACCGUCCUGGAGAAGAUGGGGCUGGAGGGAUGCUUCGAGGGGAUCAUAUGCUUCGAGACCCUGAACCAGAAGAACCCAGGCGACACGAGCGCCGGCGAUGGCUCCGGCAAGAGGGUCCUGUGCAAGCCGUCCCUGGAGUCCAUGGAAGCCGUGGUGGAGAUCGCCAAGCUCGACCCCAAGAAGACAGUGUUCUUCGACGACAGCCCGCGCAACAUCGCCUCGGGGAAAGCGGCAGGCUUCCAUACCGUCAUCGUUGGGAGCUCGGCGCUCGUGGCCGGGGCGGACGUGGCGCUGGAGAGCAUCCACAACAUCAGGGAGGCGCUGCCGGAGCUCUGGGAGGCGGGCGGCGACCACGCCGUCGACAUCCGGUCCGCCGCCGUCGCGGAGACCACGGUGCUCGCGUGA